AUGAAACCAUGUACGGAAUUGGAGACUGAAGAACUCUCCGAGACUGACCCAUCGAAAAACAAAGAGUCCUCUCCUCCCAAAAAGAAAACCAGCAUCCUCGAUAUGAGUUGGCUAACUAGUUCAGAAGACGACGCGUUCUACCGUGAUCUUAUAGUGAGUGCCAGCCAGAAAUCUAGCAUGAAACCUCCUAGUCUCCGCAAGCAAGUUCUUAAUUCAUCUCCGACGCUCGAAAGAGUGAGUAGGGUGGACUUUACUGGUACUUCAUCUGCAUCGUUGAUUCUGGAAUUGUCGCAGGCGAGACAAGAGAACCACAGCUCGAAGCGAGUUAAAUAUUCACCCACCGGAGAGUUUUCUGACCCAAUCAGCAGCUCUUCUGCUGUUUCCUCUCCUCCACCAGCACCCAAAGUAGCCAAGUCGAAAGCAAAAGGAACAACCAAAGGAAACAAACCCAAAGAAUCCAAAACCAAAAAUGGCUUUUCCGACAAGGAUUGGCGCUUGGCUAACAAAUUGAGACGUACCAGAGAUGAAAUCCUCAAAGAAAUGAUCGUGGAAGUAGCUCUUUGCCUCGAGGAAUUGAUUUCAACCGAACAUUUCAAAGAAUGCUUUUCAAACUCAGCUGUUCGAAGGACGUAUUUGGAAAUUCCAUUGGUCUCAUGGAAAAGGAAAGUCACAGCUGACUACAAUGCUGAAGAGGAUGUGUUUGUUCCAUGUGAACCUAAAGAAAUUUCUGAAAGAGUGCUCGCUCUCUAUUAUGAACCGCAAGAUCUAAUCGAUAGAAUACAAAAUGGGAGCUUGGAGGUCCACAUCAGUACAGCACUCAGACGAGCAAAAAUAGAGAAUCCGCUUCUGAAACAUCAUUUGGUAAUUCUCGUGCCGUGCUUUAAAGAAUACCUUCGCAAACUCCAAUCUGCGGAAGACAAGAGAUAUCGAGAGCAAAUGUUGCUGCAGAUGAACAUGACAACUACAAGGCAACUCGACGAAGAUGACCAUCCUAUGAGCGCUAGCGAAGCUCAAAAAUUGCUAAUAGAGACCGAGGUGUCGUUGGGUGUGAAUAUUUUUUUAACCAGGUCAGUCGAGGAAACCAUUGACUGGCUUACUAGUUUCACUUUCACUAUCGGAAAUUCGUUGUAUGACAAACAUGAACGAAAUCCUGAGUUUGCUAACUUUGGACAGACUAGACUGGGAAGUGACCGCAAGAGCACGUUUGUGGAGAUGAUGAAAAAGUUCAACUUAAUGUCUAAAAUGAAGGCAGAGAAACUCUACGAAUUCUACACUUCUCCUGCCAGCCUUUUCAAAAGACUCAGCGAGAAAGAUAAUUUGGGCACAGUCAACGGUAAGACCAUCGUGCCUCCUACAGUGAAUUCGGCCAUCAGAAGGGUAUUCACGUCGUCCGACCCGAAUCAGGUAAUCAAUGACUAA